UGUGUGCGGCGAGGUGCUGGGGUUCGAGCCGGUCAUGUUGGCAGCCCUGAUUCGAUAUGCCGCCAUGUUGAAAAAUCGAUUCUGAAGUGUCUGAAGCGAGCAGGCAGCACGUUUGAAGUUUUGACAAUUUGACCGCUGUCGCGCCGCGCACCGUGCUGUGCCCUCUUCUGCCGCAUCGUUUUGACGCGGCGACGACGACGACGACGGUGAAUAGAAGCAGCCAGGAAGAAGCCGAGGAUCGCCUGGCUGGAUCAUCGGGCGCGCGGGGCGUAAAUUGCGAAAACGCGGCCCCAAGCCGCAUCGCCAACGGAUCGUUUGUUGUACGUACCACCGUGGCUUGGAGUAGGAGUAGGAGGAGGAGGAGGAAGUGGUGAUGGUAACUGCCGCAGCCGCCACCGGGAAAAGUGGGUUUCAGAUCGCGCGCGCGGGAUUUUCUCCGGUCCACCGCACCGGGCAUCAUUUCCAGUUAAUCGGCGUUUCUUCGCUGGGGCCUAUUUAUGGUCCAUCGGCGGUGGAAAGGUGGUCGUUUUGCGCUAACGCUCGUCUUCAAUUACAUGAUUGUUCUCCGUGUGUCGUGUGAUUAUGUGUGUGUGCGUGUGUGCGGUAAGGAGCGCUAGCGUGAAAACCGUCCACAGUGUAUCCGCCGUCGCCGACGAGUAGCAGCAGCGGAAGCGAGAAAGUUCUACCCCGCUCUCACCCCCUGCUUUUUGCGCCAUUCACACGAUAGAACGUGCUAAGGAGGGAAAGGGGUAUAGUGGCGAUCCGUUGUGUGAAUUUCAUUCUCUAAACCCACCCCGGGCCCGCCGCUGCGUCAAGUGAUUUGGUUGGUGACGAUUGGCAGCCUGAGCAUACCGAGCAUCAUCACCCCAACAUCGGAGCGACCGUGUGUGCGAGUGAGUGAAUCACGGGCUUUUGUUGAGAAAAUCCAGCAACCACCACACUUCCGACGACGCAAGAGGAACGCGGGGGUGGUCAUCAGCACGGCGCGCUUGCUUGGCUUGAGUGGUCGUAUUGUGUCUCCAGCCUUCUCCAGCGCUUCCAUCGAUGCCGCGACAAGCGCAAAACCUCGACAACUUUUCGGUAUUGGAAACAUCAACAGCAGCGCAAAUACCCGAAGAGCCAUUGUAAGGACGACGACCACAGUCAGGAGGAAGUGAACCCGGGAUUGCCGUACAGCGCUAAGAAGCGCGGUGCAUUAGUAAACAACGGACCAGCGGACGGCGGACAUCGCUGACAUCCGGUCAAGAUGCAGAAGAAAAUAGUGCAACCGUCACCGCAAGUGCGGAAGAUAUUCACAACUACGACCAAUCAGCAUCAGCAGCAGCACGCAAACGCGGUGAAAAAGAUCAACAACUUGAUGCAGAGCGGUACGGUCAGCGUGAUCUCGGGGCAGCAGCAGCAACAACGGUUGGUCCAGAAGAAACCACUACAGACUGCGCCCUCGACCAGCGUCUCCAUCACAAACAGCUACGUCGCUCGGCAGCAGAAAUGUUACAUUUGCGGCGAUCAUGUGGGCGCCCACGGGGCGCUUAUCUCAGAAGCCUCUACCACCACUACGCAAACCGAUUUCGUGGCCAAACUGGCGAAGGUGAUCGGUUCGACUUACUCCGUAGUUCUCGCUACUGAUGACGUGAUCUGCAGGCGAUGCAUUACGAUUCUGAAUCAGCUAGACAAGCUUGAAUCGGAGAUGGAAAGUUUGCGUAGCACCUUGCUCGGAUUCAUUCACAAAAAGAACAACAUCCCCGAUGAUGAUCUGAGUGGUUCCGGUGCAGGUGCACCGCCGGCCAAAAUGCAAAAGCUUAUGCACACCAACACGGCCGGUAGUGGUGGUAUUCUGCAAACGACAACAACACCCGGAUUGUCCUACACAAUCAAGACAGUCGGUCACCAACAGCAGCAACACGUACUAACCUCGCCCGGUCAGGUGCAGGUGGCGACAGUGAAAGUAUUGGGUGACGCAUCGGCUCUCAGUGAUGCCGCCACGGAUGCCGUCGAAGCUCAGCUAACGAGCAUGUUCGAAAAGGGUACCGGUGGUGGUGGUACGCUCGUGGUAACUACUGGCCAGUCGCAGCAACAACAAUCGCAAGCCAUUCUACAUCAGCAACCGAUCGUAGUGUCCACGAACAAUGGGGCACUGACUGUCAACACGCACGGUGCCUCGGUAACGACGGCAACCGCCGCAGCAAAUGUGGCUAACCGCAAAAGCUCCAAGGUGUACCGUUGCUUGUCAUGUGAAUUUAAAACGCACGAUCUGGCCGAAUUCCAGCCACACUACGAGCAGUGCAAACUGAUGUCCAAUCAGGGCACUGGAACGACGGCGCAUCGUUGCAAGUACUGCAAGAAGGCUUUCGCUUCGUUGAACGGGCUUAGGCAGCAUCACCUCCAGGAACAUCCGACACUGCCUCUACCGACAACAUACGCCGCUGGAGUGACACAGAAGAUCGCCACUAGCGGCGGGUCGGAAGGAGGAGCGGUGGUACAGCAAACCGGUCCGACAGCGCUUUACUCGUGCAGUAUGUGCCAGUAUCGGACGGCGGAUAAGCAGCAGUAUGACGAUCAUCUGCGGAAACACAUCAAGCUGAAGCCGUUCAAGUGUCGCGUAUGCCUGAUGCGUUUCGAAACGCGCGAGCAAGCGUCGAUACACGCCAAACAGCAUCAGCCGGAUUAUUUCAAGUGUUCUAUCUGCCAUGUUACGUUCCAAAAGCGCGACGAGCUGGUGAAGCAUCUCGAGCAGCAUGAUAGCCCCUCCAAGAAGGAGGUGAAACCGGUGGUCCAACAACAGCACCAGCAGCAGCAACAGCUACAACAGCAGCAGCAACAACAACAGACACAGCAACAGCAACAACUAAAACUCGAACUGAAUGACUCGUCGACACAGAAACUGCUGCAGGAGUCAAUCGAUGAGGCGCUCCGAGAAACGAUGGGUGAAACGAUCGACGCCAAAUCCAUUCAGUUCCACACGUGCUCCGCCUGUUCGCUCACAUUCCUGAACGAGAAGCUCUACACACAGCACAUAAAAACACACGCCACGGGACACGUUGCAGCUGCCGCCAGUGGUGCUGGUGCUACCCUCGUACCACAGACAACGGCAGCGGCAACGUCGGCAGCGCAUCAUCAGGUGCAAGUCUAUUCGACCAACAGCAUAUCCACCAUUAACGCCAAUCGACGAGUAGUGGAGGGUACGACAACAACCCUGGCCGGAAAGCAAUUCACACAAGCCAACGCUACUGCCGCGGGAACCACCGCCACCACUACCAGCAACAGCAUCUCGGACGGCGAUCUGGAAAGCAUCUUCGAACGGAUGCACUCCGAGAAGGGUGCGGUAGAGGGUACCGAAGGUAGCAGUACUGUGUUGAUUACGAAUCAGGAUGGCACAACGGAGAAGAUUACUUACAAUGUAGCAUCAACGCAGCAACAGCAAGAACAGCAAGCUCAAGAUGCAUCAUUCGGGAACCAGCAGUUGGAAGUGAAGAUGGACCAGCAACCUUCGGUCGGUAUCGAUAUGCCAACGCUCGAUCAGGGCGAUGACCAAAAGGAACAGCAACAGGAACAACAGCAGAUCAGCAUCCCUGUCAGCAUGCCGAGCUUGGACGAUGACGGUGAUCAGUCGCAGAACAGCCAAAACUCCAACACCGAAACCGUGCCGAUGGAGCUGGACGACAUGCAGGCCACGAACACGCCGUACAAGAUCAUCCUCAACCACGAGGGUGGCCAAUUUCUGCACCUUGACAACCACAUCCUAACGGAUGGCGAGGGUAACCAGAUAUUGGUGCAGGGUACGGAUAGCGAGCAGAUACAGCAGCUGCUGCAGAGCGUCGGUGUCGUGAUGCAGGGUGGCGAGGGAUUGGGUGAAGGUGAAAUCCAGAUGAUCAGUUGCGAGGGCAACAAUCAGAUGAUUCUGGUGCAGGGUGCAGAUGGCCAGGAGCAGCUGAUACACCCAUCGCAACUGAACGCCGACGGUAACAUCGUGAUCCAGCAAUCGCAGGAGGGUGAACUCAUGACGACGGCCGACGGUGCGACCCACAUUACGACCGAGGAUGGACUGCAGAUACCGGUUUCGAUGGCGUUCACGACGACGGGCGAAGUCGACCAGGAGGGUCAUUUGACCGUCUCGAUGGCUGGUGCCGAUGGUGCCGAGGGUCAGCAGAUUCAACUUCACCUCCAGCAGACAGGUGGCGAAGCUGCUGGUUCCGGUGGUGAAGUCGGUGAUGCCGAACAGCACCAACAACAGGAAGAAGUCGGUGCCGAUGAACAACAACAGCACCAUCACGCCGCUGGUGCCGCCAUUUUGACCGAAGGAGGACAAAUCAUUUUGCAGAAAGCGGAAGAGCACCAUCAAAGCGGUGAGACGCAUGAGGAGCACCAAGUUCAGGUCGAAGGAGAGGCGAACGGUGGUACAGUGGAAGAGGAGCAUUCGGAUCAACAUCAUGAAACCCAUGAGGCACAGAACGGCGAUGGCGGUGUUGACGGUGAUGUUACGGCAAGUGGCACAGGUAGCAUAGCGACGAUCACCACCACGACGGUUCCUUCGGCAACGAGCGGCACGAUUGCUGCAACGACCGCUACCAGCGUCACAACAGCCGGUGGCGGUGGUGAUGAUGGCGGUUCGGCCGAAGAUCAAAUGUUUAACUUUGACGAACUGAUUCAACCGCAAAUCGUUAUUAAACAGCAACAGGUUCAUAAUUAAAUCUUUCGCAGCAAAAACCAACAAAAAAAAAUAAAAAAGCGAAGAAAAGAAAAAUGGAUGCAAACACCUAAAACACACACACACACACACACACAUACAAAAAUUAUCCUUCUGUACGCGCCUGUUGUCGCGUAAUACCAAUAUCUUCUGUAAGGGCGCCGUACGCCGGAUUCUAGAGUAUCGGUGCGCUCUACGAUCUAUGGAGGAACAUGUAAGCGCGGCAGAGACCAGAUAAGACGAAGCUGACGGGAUUAGAUGACAGGGAUGAUUCGUUUUGCUGGAGAAAUAGAAACACAAGACGAGAGCGAACGCGUGCUGGAGGGUUUUAAGAUAAAGAAGAUGCGCUUAGCGAAGGCGCAAGCUGGAGGAGCACACAUUGUAAAAAAACAGUUUUGCAAGUAGGUGAGCGUGGUUAGAUUUAUUGUUUUUAAGGAUUUAUAUCAAUUGAAAUUAUUAUCUUCUUUUUUCAUCUCAAC